CAAAGGCAGCUCUAAAAGAUGACGCCAUGCCCGACAUUCCUGUAGUUGUAGAUGCAGAAAAAGGACCAUCUUCUCCUAAAAAGCCUAGGUCGGCCUUCGAAAAAAGACAGAAACGUCAGGUUCUUCAAGAGGCCUUUAAUGAAUCAUUAGAUAAGUCCGUCGACUCCAUUGACACUGAAACUGAAUCGCCACCCGCACCUGACAGUAUGGAGAUUCAGGAAGAGGAAGAAAUUCCGGUAGAUAUACCAAAAACAUUUGUGUCAAAAUCUUUUAACACCGAUUACACAAACAUGAAAAUACAGAAAAAUCAAACAGAUCCCAUUCCGCAGAGAACUAGAAGAAACCAAACAUUAAAACCCAAGAGAAAGUCUAAAGGCAUUCAGUGUAACCCUUCAGAUAUUGAUUCAGCAAGUAAAGUCGCCACAUCGAAGACAAGAACGAUAAUCGGAAAAAUUACAAGCAGUAGCCUUGCACCGGCAGCGACCGAACAAAACAAGGAUGACAAUGAUGAGAUUGAUGAUGAUGAAGAUGAUGUAGAUGAAUAUGAUAAUGAUCCGGAUUAUAUUUAUAACGAGUCCGAGGAAGAAGAUGGAGACGAUGAGUAUGGAUCUGACGAUGAGGAAGAAACAAGCAAUUACAGAAUGGAAGAAUGUAAUGAUCCAGUUGAAGAAAAGUAUUACAUGGUCUCUGAAACAGCACUAUUUCAGUAACUAUCAGUAUGUAGAGAGUGUAACAAUCGAUGCAUUCCAAUUAUUGAAUUCAG